AUGACAGAAACUUAUCAGUCUACCAUUGUCCCCGACGGCAAUCGUGCUACCAAAGAUAUCUCCAACCUCUACAGCAGAGUCGAUCACUCUUUCGCUAUUAAAGGAAAUUUCCAAGGAAAACCACUCGUCUCCUCAUGGGAUCCCACCAUCCAAGAAACUCUCUCCUCGCUUUUACGCUGGACGGGCUCCUACUCAGCCGAGUCGCAGGAGCACUAUCUCAAGUUUGCGCGUGAGGUUGUGGUUCCCCGUCUCAACCCGCCUCGCGCGGCCGACUGGCCGCAUUACAUCGGAACGCACAACCAUGGGCCAUACGAGCUAAGCAUCGCCUUUGCGCCUCAUAAAAAGGCCAAAGUACGGUUUUCAGUACAGCCGCUGGCCGAGAGCCAUGUGGUCGAUGACCCCCUAGGGCAAAAGGAUCUACGAAAGAAAUGUGAAGAUUUCGCGUCUGCAUGCCUUGCAGACCGUGAUCGACUGGAUAACUUUUUCGACUCAAUCUUCCUCACUGAAGAGGAGCAGGCCGGGCUACUUGAGAAGCAUGCUGGUCGCAGUGACGCGGCCGGUGCGCUGCCUCAGCAAAAUUGUUUCGUUGCGUUCGAUCUCGAGCCCGUUGAUAGCGGCAGCCCGGCUGUUAAUAUGAAGCUGUAUUUGUUUCCGCAGCUCAAAGCUCUUGCAACAGGCAAGGACCUACUAGACGUCACAGAGUCCAUUCUGAGACGACUUGCCGGUGGUGAUAAGGAGCUGCUAGCAUCCUGGCAAAUGGUUCGAUCAUUUCUUACCUCUGAUGGCAAGGAUAAUCUCAUACAUUUCCUUGCCAUCGACUGUCUGGGGCCCCAGAUGAAGCCUCGAUUCAAAGUCUACACCCACACACAUGUUAACUCGCUCGCCUCAGCCCGUCGUGUCAUCAAUAUGGGUGGUCGUGUCCCCUCACCG